AUGAAUCACAUUCUUACAGACCUGAUUGACUCAGAGCAUGUUACUGCGUCAGAACUGCGCUCAUGGCUCUGCGAUCUGACCGGAGGUUCUGGCACUCCGCAUCCGGUACGGAAUGAAACCCUUGAGCGGCGAGUUUUCGGUCACCGAGUGAAAGACUGCUACACCAACUCAUUCAUAUUCACUGAACUGCUCAAGUCUAACGCAAGUGCUAAACGUACUCUUUCUAUGUCGACUGCUAUCGUCCUCCCGCCGCUCAAGUCCUGGGCCGAGCAGCGCCUAACGGCAAUCAUAUCCGCGAAGACGCAAGCUGACUUCGACCAGGCAUUCGACAACUUCGUUGCAAAGAACGUUAAAGAGAUCCUGUUCAAUGGCGAACGCCUGUCCCGCGACCAAUACAAGGAUAAGUUGCAGAGAGAGCGUUUCGAUGAGGUCGGCGCCGUUGUGAAGGUGUUGAACUCGGUCCAGGCUCCGGUUCUCGGUACGCAGGAGACGCAGCAAUCUGGGCUCGUAGGCCUAUUCUACGAUGCAACAUACGUGGAAGGCAUUCGUAUCCGUGAUGCGGCAGUCGAGCACUCUGUGCAGUCAUCUCUCAACGUUCGAGUCGAACAGGAUGACACCAUUCCGCUUCCGCCGGCGGGCAUACACGGCUUCGUCGAACGCCGUCGCGUAUUCUCGUUGAACCAGGUUUACGUUGAUCAGAAAGGCGAGAUCAGUGGCAUUACGGGCUCUUCCUAAUUGCGCGCACGUAAACGUGCAUUCCACGAUGGUCAUGGCUUGUCCCCUGUUGAUGGAUCACUCCUUCUAUGACAUGCAUUUUGUACAAAUAUGUAAAUAAUUGUGUAAACAACUACUAGUCGUUGUAAUUUUAUGUCGAAAUACUGCUAGAUAGUAACAGUUACGAUAAACCAGUAAUACAGUCCGAUCUGAUGCUCUGCCUUGC